UCCAGACACCAAUAUUUGAUGAUGGAGCUAAGAUCAUACUUCAAUUCAACAUCCAACAGCACUGCUGUGAGUUCACAGAAGAUCGCUCCUGUUGUAGUUCUGGGUUUGUGCUGUUUGGUUGGUUUGCCAUGCAACAUCGUGGUGAUCAUCAGCAUUGCUCGUAAGUGGAACAGAAAUCUGAGCUUCACCUUAAAGCUAAUGCUUAACCUUGCGGUGUCUGAUGCUUUGACCCUGUGCUUGGUUCCUUUUGUACUGUAUGGAAUACUGUUUGCACAGAAACUCACACUUUGGUCUUGUAAGUUCUUCAAUUUUUUGGUUUACUGGAGUCUGUCUGUUGGUGUCCUGACGGUCACAUCCAUGAGCGUGCACCGUUAUCACAAUGUCAUCAAGUCAAGAGUCACUAACAGGAUGAUACUGCAGAGACUGAAAAGACGGCACAGGUGCCUUCAGCUGAUUGCCAUCUGGAUUCUAGCAUUUGCUUUUGCUCAACCAGUAAUUUUUACUCAAGGACUCAAAGUCGAGAAUGGAUGGCUAAGAUGUCAGAGGACAGUGGACUCACAAACUGUAAAAGUGACUGUUUUGCUUUUUGAGAUCCUGUUGGGGUUCAUCAUCCCAUUUUUGACAAUGUUGACAUGUUAUCUCUGGUUGCACAAAGGGUUGAGUCAAAAAGCCAAGAACUCAGGUGUAACUACAGCUCCACAGGAACAGAAACCCAGAAACCAGGGGACAAACGUUAGGACUUACAAGAAGAGGCUUGUGAUCAGAAUCGUUCUGGCUUUUUUUGUGUUUUGGACUCCUAUGCACAUUACCAAUGUGAUUGAUGUAGUCACAACUCUGACUAAAACAUCUCAUCCAGAUGUUUAUUCUCAACUGAAGUCCUUCCGUCGAGUAUUCGGUGAUAUAAGCAAGACUGUGGCUUUGCUAAACUGCUGUCUGAAUCCUUUUCUCUAUGCCAUUUCUUCAGGAAAUCUUAUGAAAUGUUUCAGAAAGAGAUCAUUCACAAUUAAUGACUAAAUGAUUUAUUUUCAGGUAAAUAUAUGCUUGAAAGACUUCAUGCACUAUUAUGAAAAAUGAUUCUAAACAGUAGAUUAGGAUUCUUUGGCUUGUAACAAUAGCAGAAU